AUGUUCAAAAAACUAUUCAAAAGAACCAGCAACAAUGAAUUCACCGUGAGAAUGAGCGAGCCAAAAGAAUCGUAUUAUCUAGGCGAUAGAAAUGGUCUUGUGUUUGAAACUCAAAAUAUAGGCGAGUUGGGUUUGAAUCUGAAAGAGAUCAUGCCUCGUGUAAUCGAUGAUGUUGACCAUAGGGAGUUUAAUGAAAUUCCCAUGAUUUUAAGUGAACUUAUUGUUACAGAUUAUAAAGGAAAUUCAGGUACUAUUAUUCUUUUGAAACCCGCUGAUUCAGAUAUGGUUACUGAACUAGAAUAUUUUGGUGAUUGUAUUAGAAAAGAUGACGAGAGUGCUUUCAUUGAUCCAAAUCCAUCAAGGUCUUUGUUUAAAAAAGCACCAGCCAUUGAUAAUUUUCGAAUGAGAGUCACAUUCAUAAACAUCCCAAAAUCGAUAAAAUCAAUAGAUCUGUUUGAAUAUUUGGUGAAGCAUCCACCUUUAGAAACCAAAGUUGUUUUUGUAAAUGUUGAUAUCACAAAUUAUUAUGAUAAAGGAGAAAAAAAUGAAGAACAAUUUGUUUUGAAUAUAAUUAAAAGUCAGAAAAUGGACUUGAAAGACCAAUUGAAAGAAUUUGAAAAAGCGUUAGCACCAGACCAAAUCUUAAAAUAUCCAAAAGUCUUUGUCAAGAUGAUCAUGACAUUCCAUCAAAAUGUUGAGCUUUUACCAUCAUAUACCGAGACUGAACUACCAGCGUAUAGUUCAAAAGAAUGA